CACACACACACACACACACACACACACACACACACACACACGGUGGCGACUCUCUGGUCUUUACACAUACACGCGCGCGCACGCGCGCGCACCGACUCUCUGCUCUUUACACAUACACGUGCGCGUGCGUGCCACUUGAACAAGAGCAGUGCUUCUCCCGAGCCGCGACGCACCGAGGAGGCGAACCUUCCCCUCCUGGACUAUUUCGGAGGAGACAGGUGCCCAGUGCCCACAUGUCUUCACCACCUCAACCGCUCGGGGAUACCGACUCACCGCCGGGUUACUGCCGUGUUCUGACACCAUAAAGACCUGUUUUACCGAUAUGAUAGCCUCUAGUCCUUCUGUUUUGAGUGUAUUCCGCGACGGCUAGCCUGCAGAGCGUGUUGAUGGAUACACACUACAGCAAUGACCGGGCUCUGACGUCUUCCGUCGGGAUAAAUAGACUAGCAUUCGACGUUAGCAUCGUGUUAUUAUCCUGACCUGCGCAAAAAUGACCCUGAUAUUUUAGCAGGCGAACGGACCAACAAGGCUCGGGUCCGCGGGUGCGUUUCGUGCCAGGGUUUCGGGUGGCGAAGGACUCCGCCGCCACUGCCUGUCCUGCCCUCCGUCAGUGGGCAGGUUCGUUCUCGCGGAUAGAAACUCAAUCUUUUGGCGGGGAGGGAAAAUCUAAAGCAUUAUCGUGAAGAUGGCGACCGGUUCGGGUUGGCAGCAGUACUACAGCCCUGCUGGCCAGCCGUCCACCGGAGCGGGCAAAUACAGCUCCGGAUCCCCGUCCGCCACGGCGUUCCAGCCGGGCAUCGCCAUGGAGUAUACCCACGACCUGCACCUGAAGAUGAGCAAGAAAAUAGCGCAGCUGACCAAGGUUAUUUACGCUCUGAACACCAAGAAUGACGAACACGAGGCGGCCAUCGCCACGCUGAAGGAGGCGCACGAGGAGGAGGUGCAGCAGAUCCUCUCUGAGACCAGGGAGAAGAUUCUGCUGUACAAGAGUAAAAUCAGCGAUGAGAUGGAUCUGAAAAGACGUAUCCAGUCCCUGGAGGAAUCCCUGGAACUCCACGAACGCAUGAAGAGGCAGGCCUUGGCUGAAUUUCAAAGCUACCGCCAGCAAGUGGAAGACAUGCAGCUUUGCACUGAAGCGCAGCACACACAGCGUGUCGUCUCCAUGGCGAGGGAGGUGGAGGAGAUGCGGCGGUCGUUUGAGGAGAAGCUGCAGACGUUCAGCCAGGCCCAGGCCCAGUUUGAACAGGAGAAGAGGAGCACCCUGGAGGAGCUCAGAGCCCAGCACCGGCAGGAGAUCCAGGACCUACUGCGCAGCCACCAGAGCCAGAACGCAAACUACAGCAAGGACCAGGAGAAGCUGGGACAUCUUCACAAGGCUGAGGUUGAAUCUCUGUCAGAGCGCGUUGAGGAGCUCAAACAGGACAAGAAGAGAUUGGUGGAGGAAUAUGAAGCGAAGCUCAACAAGGCACAGGCCUUCUACGAGCGCGAGGUGGAGGCCAUGAGGCGAGCCCAGCAGCUGAGCGCCGACAACCUGCUGGCCUGGAAGCACACGGAGGCCGACCUGCGGCGGGAGUUCCAGGCCCAGGAGGCGGCCCUCCAGAAGACCCUGGGGAAGCUGAGGGCGGAGCUGGCGCGGGUGACGGAGGAGGCCCGCGAGAGCCGCGAACGGUCCUACAAGCUCCAGGGCUCGCUGGCGGCGGCGGAGAACAACAACAAGGAAUUGACCAAGCAGUUGGACGAGGUGAAGCAGGACUCGGAGAUCGUGGAGAUCCGUCAGAAGGAAGCUGAAUGUGAGCUGGAGGCGGCCAGAGACCGGGUGCAACAACAGGCCACUGAAAUACUACUGAAAGCCAGUCAGAUCGGCAGUCUGCAGGCCACCCAGAUGACCCAGGAGGCGGCCAUCAGGGACCUGGAGAGCGAGCGCAGCCGGCUGAAGGACAAGGUGGUCCGCCUGGAGGAGGAGAGGGGCGCGCUGCAGGACAAGAGCCAGGCCCUGGAGGAGAGGCACAGGCAGCAGAUCCACGCCCUGGAGAAGAGCCUGUGCGAGGAGAAGGCGUCGUACGAGAAGGAGGUGAACAACGUGCGGGCGCGCUACGAGGAGGAGGCGGGCCACAUGAAGGAGGGCCAGGCCCGCAUGCUGGACGACCUGUCCAAGAAGCACCGGCUCGCCCUCGAGAGCACCCUGCACAGCGCCAAGAGGGACAAGGAGUGCCUGCUGGCGGAGCUGGAGCAGCAGUUUGAGAAGGAGCGCGCCUCCCUGGAGGAGCAGAAAGCCCUUCUCCGUCAGCAGCUGGAUGAGCUGCGGGCCGAGCUGACGGAGAAGCUCUCUGCUGCCAACAACGAGGUGUGCUUGCUGCAGGAGCAGGUGUGCCACGGGGAGGAGGCUGCCAGCACUGCGGACGGACAGAUCUCCACCCUGAAGGAGGCGCAGGACAAACUACUUGAAGAGCUGGACGCCACCCGGGCUCGACUCAGAGAGACCAGCAACCUUCUGACCGCUCUGCAGGGGGAAAUGGAAAUGCAGAAGCGGCACCAUGAGGCUAAACUCAUCACUACACGGGAGGAGGAGAAGAUGAAGAUGGACAAGAUGGCCCUGGAGCUGGAGCUCAAAUGGACCGAGACGUUGAGGCAGGAGUGUAAGAAGCUGCGGGAGGAGCUGCGGGAGGACCAUGAGGAGGCCAAGGCCGCGGCGUUGGCCCAGCUGGCCAGGAGCAAGGAGCAGGAGCUGGGCUGCGCCCGGGAGAGCUGGCAGAGGAAGGUGGAGGACCUCCUGGAACAGAUCUCCCUGCUGAAGCAGAGCCUGGAGAUGCAGCUGUCCCAGUCCCAGUCGUCCCUGCAGCAGCUGCAGCACCAGUUCAGCCAGGAGCGGGAGCACCUGCGCAUGCAGCUGGACGAGCUGCAGACGGAGCACAAGCGGCGGCAGCAGCACCUCCAGGAGACCCACCACUGUGCCCUGCAGGACCUCGAGCACGUCCGCCAGCACGACCUCAAGGACGUGGAGGAGCGUCUCCGCCACCAGCACCACGUGGACCUGCAGUCCCUGAGGGAGGCCCACCGCCACAGCCUGGAGACCCUGAAGCAGCAGUCGGAGCAGGAGCUGCAGACGCUGCGCUUCGAGCUGGAGGACGAGGGCAAGGCCAUGCUGGCCUCCUUACGUUCGGAGUUGAACCACAUCCACGCGUCUGCCGUGGAGCACAUGAGGCAAACCCACCAGCAGGAGACCACUGCGGCCAAGCUGGAGCUGGAGUCUGCCCUGGAGAACAGCCGCAUACAGGAGCGUGAGAUGUUCGCCCGCAUCACGGAGCUCCAGGACGAGGUUGCCCGGAGGAAGAGCCACAUCGCCCAGCUGGACCACCAGAUCCACACGCUCAACGAGAACAUCAGCACCCUCACCAAGGAGCUGGAGCUCAAGGGCAAGGAGGUGCUGCGCAUCCGCAGCGAGGCCAACCAGCAGAUCAGGGUCCAUGAGCAGGAGGUGACCAAGAAGCACGAGAGAGACCUGAUCGAGAUGCACGCCAUCCACAACCGGGAGACCCAGAACAUGCUCUCAGACUUCAACAAGGCCCAGGAGCUCCUGAAGGACAAGAUCACCGCUCUUCAGAUACUGCUGGAGGGGACGGAGGACAAGUUCAGGAACAGGGAGAGCCGUCCCGAGGACCUCCAGGUCAUAGCGGAGCUGAAGGACAUGGUGACCGAGAGAGAGGCUCUGGUCAAGAAGCUGGUGUCUGAUACUGACCACCUGGUUCCCCGUCAGGAUGACAAGAAGUUUUACCAGUUGGAAUUGGUCAAUAGAGAGACCAACUUCAACAAGGUGUUCAAUGCCAAUCCCAAUGUAGGCGUGAUCAACCCCCUGAUCAAGCAAAAGAGAAAAAAUGAGAAGGCAGCAGCCAGCCGAUUCAGCAGCUCUUCUAACCUCAGGGCUUCAGAGGCAGGAGGCAUGGGCUCGGGCCUGGGGAGCGGGCCGCUGUCCCAGGCCCUUCCCCAGCCCGCCCGGCUAGAACCCCUUCCCAACUCUCCCCUCCAUCACCUUGAGCUCAACUCAAGCAAACCUCUCCCCCCGCCGACCCCUCCUACUGAGCCCAAGAAAUUCAUGAGCCCUCCUGAAAGUACAGACUCCCCAAUCGGCUCCCCAGACCCUCAGAGGCAGGAGUGGUAUGCCCAGUACUUCUCCUUCUGAUGGACAUAACAUGAACAUUCAGCAUGUCAAACCAAACGGCAAAAAUAAAAAAAAGAGAAAAUAAAUAGGAAAAAAGUGGAUAAAUAUCAGUAUUUAUUGUCAUUUUGUAUUUGUUAGUUAUUUUUGGGGUAAAGGGUGCGGCGGAGAGGGGUCGAUUCACUUUAAAUUCAGCCAAUUGUAACAGAUAGUUCAAGCAUUUCAAGAUUUGAAAUCGUAUAUAUCUGUCCAAUAGACUGUAAAAAUUGAUGUCAUACUUUUUCCAUCUAUUUUUUCAAUGAUUACCCAUGACCCUUCAUGUCCCCCUGAGGUCCCACUGGAUUGAAGUCUACCUGGCUCAUUAAGUGUGUAAUCACUCGGUCAUACUUUAUUUGUUUUAUUUAUGUGUAUUAUGCAUCAAGGUCCUCUAAAUUGUUACGUGAAACAACAGGAUUAUGUUUAUUUGCCAACUGCUUGAACUUAGAAACAAAUGUCAAUUUCUAUGCUGCUAAAUAUGAAUACAUUAUACAUAUAUAUAUAGAUAUAGAUACAUAUAUAGAUAUAUAUCUAUAUAUAUGACUCAAAAUGAUGGUACGUUUCAUGCUUGAUUAGCCAUCCCUUUGUUUUGAUGCUUAGUGGACACAAGCUAUGAUUUUAGGAUGGCGCCAUCAAGACACGUUUGUUACAGACACAUCAAGAUUUUGGUAGAACAUUGAAAAACUGUUUGUAUCGUCAUCUGUCUCAACACAGAUAUGAUGUCUCAAUGAUUUUAAAAACAAAAAUAGGAUAUUUUAUAUUUAUAUUAUAAUGUGUAUGCUUAACUAAUAAAUUAUUGUGAAAUGAA